AUGAUGAUUAAGGCGCCGGGGCGCAAGCUGAAGCUAACGGACAAGAUCCGCAAGUUCUUCGGCCAGGAGGGGGGCGGCAGCAAGCAGCAGACGGCCGGCCCCGACGGCGCCCUGCGCAUCGCCUCUGUCGACGGCGUCCAGUCCCGCUGCCUCUCCGUCCUGCCGGCGUCCUCCCAUGGCUCUGAGUGGGCCAUGAGCGGCGCCGCCGGCGCCCUGCUCGAGGGCGGCCGGGCCGGCGCCGGCGGCAGCGGCGCCGCCGCCGCAGCGGGGCAGGGAGCGGCUGCGCUCGCGGCGCUCAACCUGGUGUCUGCGAAGGCCGACCUCAGCAGCAACCCCCGCACCACCGGCAACGGCGACCCCGCAUGCUCGCUGCAUAACGAGGUCUGCUUCCCGCAACUCCUCGACACGCUCGCGUGCGGCGGCCCCGAGCAGCGCGCGGUGGCGGCAGAGGCGCUGUUCAACCUCACCGCCGAGUCCGACGCGGCGCGGCAGCGCGCGACCGCGGCGGGCGUCGUCGCGCACCUGACGGAGCUCCUGUCCAGCGGCACCGACCACGCCCGCAUGUACGCGGCCUACACGCUCAGCAGCCUCACGAGCAUCGACGAGGCGCUGGCGCAGAUGCGCGAGCGCGGCGCGCCCGCCGCGCUCGUCGCGCUGCUCGCGGGCUGCCCGCUGCUCGUGUGCAAAAAGGGCGCGAUGCGGGCGCUCGGGCGGCUCGCGAGGAACGACGAGGCCGCGGCGGAGAUCGUCGCGGCCGGCGGGCUGCGGCCGAUCGUGUCGCUGCUGGGGCAUGCGGACGCGAGCCUCGUCCGGCGCUGCCUGGUCGCGCUCUACUUCAUCGGCGCAGACAAGCCGGAGCUUCAAUGUGCGCGCCGAGGCCGCUGA